UCUGGGAGCUGUAGUCCUGCAUUCCUGCGUAGACAUGGCGGCCUCCUUGGCAGAAGGUUGUAGGGUGUCCCUGAACCUGACCCGGAGCUUCCGAACGGCCAGACCGCGGCUGGCUGCACUCGCGUCGGAUAUCUGCUGCGUCCGCACGGGAUCCAGCCGGCUUCAGAGCACCGGGCCUUCCAAACCCGAUGGGUUCAAGCCACCUCCGAAACCUGUCAUGGUGGACCGGCGCCGAGCCCCGGACGAACAUAGAAGAUUCCUGAGUCCCGAAUUCAUUCCUCCAAGGGGAAGAACAAACCCUCUGAAAUUUCAGCUAGAAAGAAAAGAUAUGCUAGACAGGAGGAAGGUGCUUCACAUUCCAGAGUUCUAUGUUGGAAGCAUACUGCGUGUCACCACAGCUGACCCGUAUGCCAGUGGGAAAACCAGCCAGUUCCUGGGGAUUUGCAUCCAGCGGUCAGGAAAAGGGCUUGGAGCUACUUUCACCCUUAGGAACACGAUUGAAGGACAAGGUGUGGAGAUUUGCUUUGAACUGUAUAAUCCUCGAAUCCACGAGAUCCAAGUGGUGAAGUUGGAGAAGCGGUUGGAUGACAGCCUGCUGUAUUUACGAGAUGCCCUCCCCGAGUUCAGCACCUUUGAUGUUGACAUGAAGCCGGUCCCACUUGAGUCCUGCCAGGAAGUGCCCAUUAACAAGCUGAAAGUUAAGAUGAAGCCAAAACCAUGGUCCAAACGCUGGGAACGUCCGUGCUUUAACAUUAAAGGAAUCAGAUUUGAUCUUGCUUUAACUGAAGAGCAAAUGAAAGAAGCCCAGAAGUGGAGCCAGCCAUGGCUUGAGUUUGAUAUGAUGAGAGAAUAUGACACUUCAAAAAUUGAAGCUGCACUGUGGGAAGAAAUAGAAGCAUCAAAGAAGUCUUGAUCUUGGGACUUGUGAGACGGCUCAGCAGGGUGACCAACCCCAAUAAGUCUCAUGUAACUCCAGCGGAGCCUCUCUGGAUCAGUGUCCCACUUAACCCACUGGGGCUACUAAGUAAGAGUGUGGGUUGCCAAGAUCAGAAAGCACCGACAAGGCUGGUGCCAGUGUUAACAAUGUGUGCGGCUGGAGACCUGGCAAUGCCAAGAACCUCACUGCUGAUACGUAAAACAAGACAACCUAAGAGUCUGCUGAUAACAGGAGUCAAGUACCCAAUAUAAGACCUACAAUAAAUACUUGUAUUUA